AUGCGGAUUGGAAACAUCCUAAAGGAGUACUUAAUAAAUUCCACGUUUCAUGGUGUUAAAUUUAUUGCUGAUGACUCUUACCAUGUUACAGAGCGCGUCUUUUGGAUAGCAUGCGUUAUCAUUUCUUGGAUUGGGUCUGCAUUUCUCAUCGAUGCUUCACUCGAGGCAUUCCAAACCAGUGCUAUUUCUUUCGUGGUGGAAACAAGCUACCGUGACUGGAACACGCGCUUUCCUUCGAUAGCAGUGUGCGAAAUGCGAAAUAUGGAAAGAAUUCAGGCCAUUGCGGAUGAGCUGUGGGGUGAAGAUCACGAUUUCGCCAUGGAAGAAGUACUGAACGAAAUCGGUUACUUUCGCGGAGAGUCCUAUCACACCGUCAACGAAUGUACGGGGGAAGACAAGGCAGAGAAUUGCUUUUCCGAUAACUUUACCACAUACGCCGAGUUGGUCCGGAGUUCGUGCGAGGAAACGCUUGAAGAUUGCUACUGGAAUGACAAGCCGUUCGAUUGCUGCCGAUACUUUCAGCCGAUGGAAACGGAAUUGGGUUUGUGCUAUGCUGUUAACUCGCUGCAAACCAGCGCCAAGCAUCCAAUUAAGCUUAAUAUGAUCUCAAAUAAACACACCGGGCCGGGAAAGCUGAGCAUUACCGUCCUCACCGAAGCGUACGUCUACACGAUCGGUGAGGAAGAGGUUCCCAAUUUGAUCACCCCGAAGUCGGAUGUUCUGCUUGUAGAUCAUUACAUUGCCUACAAGAGACAUAUAUCCAUCAAGGACAUCGAAAACGACCCGGAGGCGAAGCAGGUCAGCGUGGCGCAAAGGAAGUGCCGGUUCGCGGAUGAAAAUAACCUUGAUGUCCAUCGUUACUACAGCUACAGUGCAUGCUCGGUCCAGUGUCGUAAGGAUAAGCAGCUGAAGAUUUGCAACUGCACCAGUCAUUUGAUGCCAAACACUGAUUCAUACUUGAAGUGCAACAUGUCGGGUUUAAUUUGCCUUAAUGAGCAUUACGAAGACCUCACGAUUGUCAUACCCAGGUGGGCAGUCGGCCGCAAGGGGGUUGUUUGUGAUUGCUUACCUUCGUGCACAGAGGUGGACAUCGGUAUUGUGCAUGAUUCACGCGAAAGCAUCUUCGAUUCUGACCGACGCUAUUCUACUAUCGAGAUCCAACUGUCCGCUCUGCCGACUGAACGUUACAAGAGAAAUGUGGUCCGUGGUCGCCUCGACCUAGUCGUGUCGGUCGGAGGUACAACGGGGCUAUUCGUUGGAGCCAGUUUGUUGUCGUUUGUGGAAAUAUUUUACUAUUUUUCCGUGCGACCUUAUGGAACGCGAUACAUGCGCAACCAGAACCAAAAUACAGCACAGCCCUAA